AUGCCUUCUCUCGCGGUGUCUACCUCAAAUAACUCUUCCUCUGCAGCACCUACUUCUACACACAACACCUCCACUUCGGCUCGGAAUCCCUUGCCUCCUUCUCAUACUCCCAGAUCUCCCAUUUCUAGAUCCGCGAGUCCGGUACCACCGCCUGUUUCUCCGAUUACUCCUACGUUAUCGCCCGCGAGACUGGCGGCGAAUUCGAAUUCCAACGUAAAUGCGAAUCCGAAUGCGAAUGUGAAUUCGGGACCCGGCGCGCGAAAUGUAAUGAUGGGACUGGAAUCGCAAUCAUUGGGGAAGCUGCAACCAAAUAAUAUCGGGGGGAAGAAUAUUGCCGUUAUGAAUAGUCAUCGCGCAGCUGAGAAUACUGUUCCUCAACAAAUUCGAAAUCAUCCAAGCGCGCAAGCACAAGCACAUUCAUCUAGAGAAACAUAUACGCAUACACAACAAAUGCAGCAAAUAUCAAUACCGCAACCGAAGCCGCAGGAGAUUAAUUUCAAUGAGAAUCCGGAUGUGUUGGCGAUGAAGAGUACGAUUUCGAUAUUGCAGUUGCAGGCGAGGAAUGCGGAGAGAGAUAUGGUUGCGUUGCAGAGGAUUAAGGAAAGGGCGGUGGGGGAUCCGGAGGGAUUUGUGCGGAGUUUGGGGGAGAGGGAGAGGAGGGAGAAGGAGGAGGAUAUGAGGAGGAAGAAUAGGAAAGUGGUGGUGGAUGGUGAUGGGAAAUCGGAGAGUAGUAGUGAUGAGGAUGAGGGGUCUGAAAUGGAGGGAUUGCAGGAGGAAAAUGGUGGGGUUGCGGCCGGAGAUGCAACGUGGGAGAAGCUACCAACGCCGCAGAAUAUCGUCAGGUGUCCACCAGUUAAUUGGGCAAAAUAUGGGGUUGUGGGGGAAAGUCUGGAUCGCCUACAUGAAGAUCAGAUCCGAAGACCAAGUGAGGGACAUCCUGCCAAGAUUAACGCGGAUGGGAGCACGACGCAUAAAUUUGGAGAUGGCACGAAGAAGGAAUAUGUGAUGAAGAAACCAGUGGGAUUAGGUGAAGUGGGCCCGAAACCGAAGAAAAAGAAAUCACUAUCCAGUAAAUAG